CACAGUCUCCACCCGUCUGUCAGGCUCUCAGGUCAGCCGUCCAGCACCCGUUCUUCUUCUUCUUCUUCUUCUCUGCUCUCUUCGCGUGCGGCUGCAGUAGCCCCGUUAACCCUCAGCCAAGAUGGAGGCCAUCAAGAAGAAGAUGCUGAUGCUGAAGCUGGACAAGGAGAACGCUCUGGACCAGGCGGAGCAGGCGGAGGCCGACAAGAAGGCGGCCGAGGAUAGGAGCAAACAGCAUGAAGAUGAACUCCUGCAGAUGCAGAAGAAGCUGAAGGGGACGGAGGACGAGCUCGAUAAAUACUCUGAGGCUCUGAAGGACGCUCAGGAGAAGCUGGAGGUGGCCGACAAGAAGGCUGCUGAUGCUGAAGCCGAGGUGGCGUCUCUGAACAGACGCAUCCAGCUGGUGGAGGAGGAGUUGGACCGAGCUCAGGAGAGACUGGCGACGGCUCUGCAGAAACUGGAGGAGGCGGAGAAAGCUGCAGAUGAGAGUGAGAGAGGGAUGAAGGUGAUUGAGAAUCGCGCUCAGAAAGACGAGGAGAAGAUGGAGCUCCAGGAGAUUCAGCUGAAAGAAGCCAAACACAUCGCAGAGGAGGCCGACCGAAAGUACGAGGAGGUGGCUCGUAAGCUGGUGAUCGUAGAAGGAGAGUUGGAGCGCACAGAGGAGAGGGCGGAGCUGGCCGAGUCUAAAUGUGCGGAGCUGGAGGAGGAGCUGAAGAACGUCACCAACAACCUGAAGUCUCUGGAGGCUCAGGCUGAGAAGUACUCCCAAAAAGAAGACAAGUACGAGGAGGAGAUCAAGAUCCUCACAGACAAACUCAAAGAGGCUGAGACUCGAGCUGAGUUUGCAGAGAGAUCCGUGGCCAAGUUGGAGAAGACAAUCGAUGAUCUGGAAGAUGAGCUGUACGCACAGAAACUGAAGUACAAAGCCAUCAGUGAGGAGCUGGACCACGCCCUCAAUGACAUGACGUCCAUCUAACCGUCCAGGAGCUCCUCGUCCGGUCAGGAAGACUGAUGAAGAUCAUCUCUGCGCCAUGUUUUGUCUCAGUCCCCUAGUUCUCAACCCCCGCCCCCUUAAAAAACCUUCAUACCGUCUCCCGUAUGGUCCCUCGGUCCUGUUUGUGUCCACCGUUCGUCGCACUUUGUCAACAUGUCUCAUAAACGUGCUUAUUUAUCAGUCAGUUUAAUUCUAGCUCCUGUUAUUGUGUCACUUCUUGUUCUGUACUCGUGUUAAUAAAGGAAGGAAGAACUGCUUCA